AUGGCGCGACAAAACAAGGCAUCCACCCCAGUGAAUCAGUUUGAGGCUUCCCCCGUCCGGUUGCAGCCGGAUUCGACGGCACGCCAGCCAGCGAUAGGGGAAGCUCGGGUACAAUUGGGGAUAUUGGAAGCCACAUCACAACAGACGGUUGCGCGCCUGGCCCGGCUGUUGGAGCGAGGUGGCGCUCGCCCGGAAACGGCACUGACGCGCGCCAAGCCGUCGCCAACCAAUCCCCGCUUGACGCCCAUGAAUUUUCUUUCCACGGGGAGGGCGCCCAUGGUAAAAAAAGCCCCCCACAUUGGUGCACAUUUGGCCCUUUGGCAAGGCAUGCUCAAAGCGCGGUUGUGCCGCGACGAAGUUAGGGGAAGAACUUCGCGAAGCCUUUGGGUAAGCGCUUGUCAACGGAAAGGUGUUACAGAGGUGUUUUCGUAUGAAUUCCGUUCGUUUGGCGUGGUGGCCUUGGUGCUGCGCAUAUGGGACGGAGGUUUUCCUGGGUUAAUUCUUGCAAUUCGAGGCGCUAAUUAUUUUCUUUUCUUUGAAAGCCUGCAAAAGGAAUGGUCAAGUAUUGACCGAUUUUUUAACAUGAAAUCCUAUAAUCCAUCACCAUUCCUGCCUUCAUCUCUUGAUGUGGGAAAGUGUUGCGAAGUGUAA